AUGAUCUAUACAGUUUAUUUUCAACCUUUUUCCACACCAAUAAACGAAAUAGUUCCGCAAGAAUUCAAACAGUACGAGGUCCUGGACACGAACUCCAUGCAGUUGCACGUCUUCAACAAGGAGAGUCUGCACAGAUUCACUAAGAACAUCUUGACGGGCAGCUACAUCUACAACUUCACCCACUCCAACAACCUCUGCCACGGAAAACUCAAGAGUGUCGUCGAUGAAUUUGGCAAUUCAGUCACAAUCGGUCGCGACUACAGAAAUCUUCCGAACGAGCUUGUAGUCUCGACGACUGGAAAGAAGCUUCAGUUCCACUUGAAUCCAUCCACACAGAUCGUCUCCAUCGUACAAACCUAUCAGAAUAAAAACAAAAACGAGAAGUUGAACAAGAAUGCAAUGACAAACAUCAACACUGACAACAUCAAUAAUUACAAAUCUGUUACUUUUUCAUAUUUCGGCAACGCCGAAUUAAUUUCAUCCGUCAACCAAUCAGAUGGGAAGAGGUCAAAAAUCGACCAAUACCGUUAUGACGAUUUGGGUCGUAUUAAGGCAUUGACCAAUCAUGACAAUCCAUCCUUAAACCUUCUCCAAUUAGAAAACGCCAUCCAAGUUGAAAAUUUGAACGGUGUACCAAUGAAAAUAAGUAGCGAACAUCAAUUUCGCGCCAGGAUCACGAACACACCGGACGAUAAGCAUGUCGCCGAGUACCCUACGUUGGGGGUCGUUGCCAUGGUCACCACCCAGCCAUGGCCUGUUCUCAACUUCGAUCUGCCCAUCUCAGUUACAAAAAAGACAACACUAACCUCCAACAACAAAAACACCAACUUGAUGCACGUUCUCGAAUGGUUCUACUACCAGAAGCGACCAGCCACAACAACCACAGCCACCAACAACCAAAUUAAGAGAAGGCUGUUCUCAAGUAGGGACGAAGCAAUGAACAGUGAUGGGAGAUCUCACGAAUAUAUCGGCGAUGAAGAUGACGACGACGAUGACGACGAUGAUAAUUACGAUUAUCCCGGAAGAAUAAUGGAGCAAAAUUUUUAUCAUCCCUCACAGCCACUGAAUCAGCAGCAAGGACCUCAAAAAUUAUCCUCCUCCUUUGGCUACAUGGGCAAGAUGCUCUCAGUGAACGGCCAGCAGGUGCUAUUUAUAGAAUUCAACCGCACAACUUACUCUGACGUCAUCAUGAAUAAAAAUGGCGAGGAAUUAUUUACAGUGAGAUACGACAAAGCCGGUCGAGUCGUGCAAGCCGACACGAACAACCACCACGUGCAGAAAUUAAUUCCCGCCCUCACAAAAAAUUACAACCACAACGGCCAUCUUGUUUCUGAAAAAAUUGGCGGGAAGAACGUGGCCUAUGAAUACACUGAAAAAGGCGGGAAAUUAGCGCAAGUUAAAAUUGGCGGCAACGUUAAAUGGAAGUACUCAUACGCCGGUGGUGAUGGCGAUGAACUGCUAACCUCGAGAACAUCAGCGAGGGGAUCAACUUACAGAUACGAGUAUGAUUCGUCGGACCGCCUCACAACCAUCAGCUUGCCCGACAAAACGACGACACACACCUUCCACGUGCGUCGUGUCUUGGGUCAGUCGGCAAUCAUAUACACACCUCCUGGCUUCCAUCACAAGCACGCAAUCCGUCUGCAUGUGGAUGUCAGUGGAAACAUCAACAGCUUGUCUUACGCUAACUCAAACAAAAUCGUCCGAUACAGGUACGCGAAUACGAUCAGACUGAUGAAAUUGAGCCGACCUGCAUUGAUGAGCAGGAAGGAUCACAUGCAACUCUUGCUGACGUUUGAUGAAACCUCCAUACUGUACACACGCAACGACCAAUCGACCUUGAUGAACGGAUAUUACUUGGAGAGCCUCCAGCCAAACAGUAGCAGCAGCACAACUCAACCAAAAACAUCAACAGAUUAUUAUCACUCAUACAUCAAACUCGACGUUGGAAGCAUGCUCUGUAGGUGGCAAAUCAACGAAUUUGAUUUCACUCGCAACAACAACAACAGCGACAACAACAACGACAUAACAAAACACAUCAAACGAUGGGAACAAUUCGCCACAAAACGAUCAAUAAAAUUUCCUGGCGCAGCAGAGUUUGUGACAUCUUGGGAGGAUAACGGCGACAGUAAGUCAGAGUGGUUAAGUCUCACAAGUGAGUCCUACAUUUUUGAGUCUGUGAGUCGGUACGACGACAUGGGACGCUUGCAGCAGUGGCAGCAGAAGCUCGGUCUCGGCGACAAACUUGUAACUUACUUGUACCUGUACAAUGAAGAUGAUCGAGUUACCGAAGUGACGGUGAAUGGUAGGUCGACGUGGAGGUACUUCUACGAUCAGAAUGGCGCCAUCACUGAAGUUUCUCACUUUGCUCAAAAGCGUGCACUUGUUCGCGAACUAGACGAAACGGGAUUUGUGAGAAGUUUGAAUGAUAAAUAUUUGCUGGAGCAUAACUCAAUGAGUCAGCUGGUGGCAAUCAGAAACUAUUCAAGUGACGCUAAAAAGGAAACUGAUAAGCAAAGUGAUGUACCUCUCGUGUCGGUAUUGUACGAUUCAAAACAACGGCUCGUAAUGUUGAAAUAUCGAAACGAUGAUGAUGAUGAUGAUGAUGGUGGUGGUGAUGAUGAUGGUGGUGAUCGAAUAUUUGCUUGUCAGAACGGAGAUGAUAUGUUCUACAUCAUGACCGACUUAUUCGGCUCGCCAUUGGCUGCCACCAAUCACGUGGGUGACCUCAUUUACAGAAUCAUCUACGACCCGUUAGGAAACAUCGUAGAAGAGAACAAAAAAUCGUCCUUCCCAAUGCAUUUUGGGUUCAACGGGGGAGUACGGGAGCCCCAAACGGGCCUGGUGUACAUGCGGGGCGGUCGAUGGUUUGAUUCUUACAACGGCAGGUACACCGCUCUCCUUGAUGCAAACCAUCUUCACAGUCUUCAUCGUCAUCAGCAUCGUUAUCAUCAUCUAUCUACUGAUAAGAUGUUCAUUGAUGCGAAGUUUUUGAAUCCAUUUGCUCUGCACAUUGGAGCCUGGAAGAUUGGAAAGAUUAAAUCUUCAGGAAAAAUCCCAGCUGUCCUCCAAUCAUUACGCUACAAACUAAAUCAUCUAAUGCCUUACACCUCCCUUUUUGGUGACGUCAGCAUUCGACAGCCAAUGAACGACGAGGCAACAUCGUCAUGGCAUAGGGAAUUAUCAAACCUCGCUCAGCUACUGGUGUGCUCUUACGAGAAAGAAUUCGUUGCAAGGUUUCGAAGAUUUUCUUCCAUGGUUCGCUCAGCUCUGUCGGCCUUGAACUUGGAUGACGAGGAGGGUGAAGGCAUGGGAUGUGAGGUUCCAACCACGCUAUUGUUCGAAUCCAUGUCGACCUCAAACUCCUUACCAGAUGAUUUGACAUUCACAUUUCUCCCCAGUGGGGAAGUUGUAUUCCAGCAUUCGUCGUCGUCAUCGUCGGCUGUUGGUUCACUAUCCAGUCACUCGUUCUCAUAUCUCUUCGCUCAACUAUUCAACAAAUCAAAAAUUGAUUUCGAAAGACUUGCUGGUGAUUACACUGACGAUGACGAUGACGUCAACGAUGACGAUGAUGUGGGUACAUUGAAGUUGUACUUUGUAAAAAGGGUCAGCGAGGAAGAGAUGAAGUCAGAAACAUACUCCUUGGAGUUUGAUCAGACCAUGUCCAACAACGGAUACCUCAUAACGAAGUAUCUCCAGAACGCCGACCGGAAAAAGGAAAACAAUGACGUCAUAGUUAAAGUAGACAGCGAUAAAUUUAGAAUCCAACUUCGGUACUUAGUCAAAUAUUAA